GAGUGCUGGGUUUGGUGGAGAAGGAGGAAGCUGCGGGACGAGGGAGAAAAAUCCCCCUAAAAGGAAGAAAUGCUGCAGUGCGAGCUUACCUUACAUCACGUCCGGGAACCCACGCUUCGGCCAGGGCACCCCUGGGAUACAGUGAUCAAAGCUGCUAUGAGAAAGUAUCCUAAUCCAAUGAAUCCAUGUGUGGUAGGAGUAGAUGUCCUGGACAGAAGCCUUGACAAUCAGGGGAGGUUGCAUAGUCAUCGUCUUCUCAGCACAGAGUGGGGACUACCAAGUAUUGUAAAAGCGAUUUUAGGAACAAGUAGAACUCUGACUUACAUUGAGGAACAUUCUGUGGUAGAUCCAGUGGAAAAAAAGAUGGAGCUUUGCUCAACUAAUAUUACUCUCACAAAUUUGGUGUCUGUUGAUGAGAGACUGGUUUACACGCCUCAUCCUGAAAACCCUGAGAAAACUGUGCUAACUCAAGAAGCAAUUAUUACCGUCAAAGGCAUUAGCUUGAGCAGUUAUUUGGAAAGUUUAAUGGCAAACACAAUAUCUUCUAAUGCCAGAAAGGGUCGAGAUGCCCUGGAAUGGGUGAUCAGCAAAUUAAACACAGAAUUGGAGGAGCUGAAGUCAACGCGCGAAACCAUGAAAUCAGCCAUGGCAGCAGCAUCAACGGAAAACUGAAGCCAAAAACUACCUAGUAACUGAGAGAAAAGUCUUAUUCUGGGAACUUUUUUUGUGGAACACCCUUCCAAGGUUGAUCUGUGCAGGUUUUAUAUGUUUAUAAGAAUAUUCGAUCAGAGGGAAAAUCUAGGAAAAGUACUCUUAGCUCUUGUCUCCAUAGCAGCUCUUGUGGCCUACUGAAUAUGACCUCCUGCAAAUGCUCUUUUUGUUUAAACAACCUCCUUUAAACAUUGGAAACAAAACAUUUAACGCGUUUGAAACUUCCCAAAAUGUGCCUUCUAACAAAGGUAGAGAAUAUAUUUCUUAUUUUACACCAUCUUAGCUUUUUGUACUCUAACUUUAAAAGAACGCAUGUGUGUUAAUUAAGGGUUUUUCAUAAGAGCAUUUGUUCUAUGAAGGUCUGAUAGGUACUAAAGCACUGAAUUUUUUCUGUUUUGUAACCUCUUAUGACCGUUCAAAGGGAACUAUGUGAGUGGGAAUGUGAUACUACGGAAAAAGAUAUCUAGAGGAUCAUCCUGAAAAGCUAAAACUUGUGUGGUACUAACUCUUCUUAGGUGUUUAACUGCGCUGUCUGAACAAGACCCGCAGAUACUUUACCUCUUGGAUGUUUGUAUCCAAACAUAGAUAAAGUUUCUAUUGAUAUUAAUGGUCUAAACCAGUUGCUUUUUGUAGGGAGAAGAGUAUAAUUUAUUGUCCUAUUUAUUGACUUGCUGUAGUUCCUCUCCUCGCUACCAGAAGAGCAGUGGUAAUUCCUGGAAGGUGCUGGGAAAUAGUUCUUUUAUUUAUUUCUAAGAAGGCUUUUGUAGGCUACUUGAACGAAGAGACUGUACUGUUCCACUGGUCCUUGCUUUUGACAUUAUGUCUUAACUGAGGAAGGGACUCUGAUGCAACGAGUAGAAGAGCUCAAAUGAGAAGUAAGCAAGAAACUUGAAAUCCAAAGGGUAGCAUCUCAUAAACGGGUACUACUUCUUCUCUAAAAGAAGACGACAAAAGUAGAAGGAAAAACAAAUGGACUCUCCUUUUCUAGUGGUUUCCACAAACUACUGACUACUGGUUUAACUUAGUUUUUUUUAACACUUUGCCAUAUUGGCACAAAAUAUUUUUAGGAUCAUUUUAAAUAUUUCUCGUUAUGCGGAAAAAUAGUCUAGUAACUGCAGAAAUUGCUUUCUUAAAACAUACAUAAAUGCAGAUUAAUAACGGAGGAUUAGCCUUUGUUUGAAGUUCACAAAAACUUUCUUUUUUGGUCCAGGCUUAGUAUACAUGUUUAAUGCAGCCCUCUGUUAGGGCGUUUUAACUUAUUUUUUUUGUGUGCGUAGACGCUGCAAUAAAUGUUGCAAGGAUGUUUACUGGUGCCAGUGGCAACUAUGUAUUUUGGAAGCUGUUAAAGAGCACCAGCAAAUUCUGUAAAAAGUAGAAGAGUAGAAUGUUGGUCGCUCUGUUUUGAGCUCAUAACUUAAAAUGUCUGUAGCUUAAGGCAAAUUGCAGAGUCCAUGUUUUCUAGCUUGAAAGUGAACAUUAAUUUAGGUGCAACUGUAGUCUAGCUGAAUUACAUGAUCCUAAUGAAUAAACUUAAUUUAAAAAAUAUUAAUCAAAAGCAAUUAACUGGGAAGCUAAUAUUUACAUUGCUCUUUUAAUAUGGACCUAAAGCCUUUAUUGUUUUGGAACAGAAACUUACAGCUUUAGGGUGUGGUAGCAGCUCCUCUUGUGGAAGAUGUGCUGUAUAGCUUUGGUGCGAGUCAAUUGUCAUGCUUUUCCAAUGAAUGAUGCUAAUCCCUGGAUAAAGAACGCAGAGGAGUGUUAUAGCUUGUUGUGACAUCCUGUUAGAAAGGGGAAGGCAGCUACUGCAGAACUGCACAAACAACAGGAGAUGAGUGUGUGUGUGUGUGUGUGUGUAAACCUGUACUACAGCAUUUCCAUAUAUGCCUGUUGCAGGUGAUGGAAACUUGACUGCGAAGGGGUAGAAAAGUCUUAUGAUACAUUCAUAUAUUGCUUCAGUUCAGUACAAGAAUUAUCUAAAGCCAUUCUUACACUGGAUUUGAAAUAAUUGCUUAGUGUUAUGUUAAAGUUGACUAAUUUACCUACAGCAACUUCCAGUGCUGGCUGGUGUUUCAGAAAAGUCACUGCAGGCUCCUGUUUUCUGUCCAGAGGCAGCUUUGUCUGCCACACCUUAGUCAGUACGAGUUAUGCAUUAAUUUUCUAGAUGACUUUCUUGACGCUUUUUUGUCCUCCACAAAUUCAUAGAUGCCUGUGUUAACACCUCUCUUUUCUGAUUUCAUUCCCCACUGUCGGUUUUAGGCUGCUUUCUCUCUGUUUCACACUACUCAAGAAAGAGCUAGACAGCUAGGGCGCAUAGUUGUCUGCUCUCUCUGCUGCUUCACUUGCCACCGAUCAGCACCCUGCCUGCUUAUGCUCUGUCCUCUUCUGCUUUUCUCUGGGCUACAUGGGAGAGGGGAGGCAGGGAAGAGGGAGAAUUUCUUCCAAAGGCCUGGCCAGGCACCCGGCUGUCUCGCUCUGCUGCCAGAACAGUGCUGCUGUUUCCCACCUUUUUGCUUCUGGGCUAGGCAUAACACCCGUUCCUCUGGGCUUAUUGAUCUUCUUGUGAUGGGUAGUUUUACAUGUGUGUUUGUAGGACCAUGCAGUCAGUGAUCACAUUUAGACCCAGUAGACUUUGCUUCAGUGUUUAGCAGAUGAAGUGGUAUGCAAUUUGCUGUAAGCUUCCCUGGAGACUUUCACUCUUCUGCCUGCUGCUCAUCUGAUUUCAAUGCAGGUGUCCCACUCUUCCUCUCCCUUGACUAUGAGAGCCCUAUCUGUGGGAUCCAAUGGUAUGUACAGCCCUGCUGUACAUAGAUUGCCUUAAAAAUUGUGCUAUCUGCCACAGUGUUACAGUCUGAGGCGUUGGGCAAAAAACCUGUGGAAUUGCAUACCUUGGUCCUAUACACUAAUCCUUCCCCAGAGAAACCCUUUUCCCUAUCUUUUCUUUAUUUACUGGUAAUGGCUACAACAUGUUUCUGAAGUCAGUUUUAAGUCAUUUGUGCACUGAUUGAGCUGUUUGUUAAAGACACGGAGCCAGCAGUGAUGAAAAAUGCUAGACUGCUUUUGGAGAUAGCCUUCAGUUUGGUGCAGCAACAGCCUAGUACAUAGGAGGAAAAAAGUUGAUAAAGCAGGAAUGGUGUUAAGUCAGUGCUCGUUAAUUUGGAAGGAUCUUGAAAUGCUGGGGAAAAAGCAGAAGAGUUCAGCACUGAUAGUCAUACUGAUUAGCAGGUAACAAGUGCAGUUUUGAAUAAGAAUCCUGUGGUUUAAGAGUUGAAAAUAGGAAAGUAGCAAUUGGUGUGUUUAGGGGGGGGAAUUCACUGUCAUUGCUCAAGCCCCUGAAGCCUGCAGCUCAGUGUUGCUCAACCAUUAGGUUACAAUUCAAAGGAAAGGAGUUUGUGGUGGGGAGGAGACGUGUGUUGGGAGAUGGUUGAGUUUUAAGCAUUUAUUGCUAGCAUAUUGCAUCAGAAGGGUGACCGCUUGCCCUGCCCCAUAACUACAGCUGGUUCUUGCGCUGCUGCUGCAGAAGAGGUAGCCUUUCAGGCUGCUGAUUUGUGACUGCAGGGGAAAAGAUGAAGGAAGGCAGUGACAGGUCCAGGAGCUUAGAAAACUGGGCAUGUUAGCUCUUAGCCUUGAAGGAUUUUAGGAUGCUGAAGUUAACAAAAUUGAGGUUAACUCUGGUUUAUGGCUGGCGUCUAUAUAUUUUUCUUGCUAGUGCAGAAAGGCUGUUGUUAGCAACGAAAGUCGUUCACUUAAAACUGUAUAGUAAAACGGCCUUGUGUCUAAUCUGUAACUGUCUUGCAUAGACUGCUUUUUCUUUCUAACUUACCUUUGCUCCAGCAUCAAUCUUGCAUGCCCCCACCCUGCCAUGCUUCCUUCUGCCAUCAUGUCAGCAGGCCCAAUGGUGAAAGAUUCCUAUUUGCAGGGAAAUUGAGAAAUUCUAGCAUAAGUUAUAGUAUUCUCAAAAGACCUGCUUGGCACAAGUAAAGAAACUGAACUGCACGCUUGAAGUAUCAAACAUUUAUGUAUUUGAUGCUGUAAAGUAGCACUGAGUAAGAUGAACUCAAACAGUAACAUUCCUUGACCUGACAAUUUUCAUUUAAAUCUUUAGGUGGAGCAAUUUUUCCUAUUCUUGCAUCUUCUUAGAUUGUAAGCUCUGAAGGCCAGGAAUCUAUAAAGUGUCUGGGUACACUGUGGUGCUAUCUAAAUAAAUUAAAUGUUCAGUUUUUUUUAAAAAAAAAACAAACUUGUGUAACUCCUGUAAUAUAAAAUGGACUGUUGGUUUUACAGAAGUCUUAAAAAUAUAUUUUUCAGAGUUAGUCUGUGCUGGGUAAGCAGUAGGACAAAAUAAUAGGCUUCCUAGAACUUGCUGUAAGCCGCAAAUUACACUGUUCAAAAGCUGUGUAGUUGUUCUUUGUGUCUCAGUGUGUAUCUCCCUUUGGAUCAGGCACCUGGUGUAUUUUGCAGUGAAACGAGAAAGAGUCAUCUAAAAUGAUUAGUCUUGAUCUGUAAACGAGAGCUGGCUUUUUCUCACAAAUGAUCUUUCCCUCUGUAUUCUCCCUCAAUGAACACUACUUACCACAGGUCAGAAUUCAAUACAUAAGUUAUCAGCCUUUUAAUUGCAGCCCUAGGAGAAAGGACAUGCUUUCACUAUGGAUUCAUUCACAGAACAAGGCUUUUUUGUGAAGCAGACCUGUCCUCUUAAUUCUUCCACAGUUAAGGUUUCAGAUAUGCUGCUUUUUUUUUUUUUUUGGUAAAGUAAAAUCAUCGGUAAGGAUUUUUAAUUUGGGGCCCUGCUGGUUCAAUACUUACCUGUCUUUACCUUUGUACAACUUUUUAAAACUAGUAAAAAUUUGUAGCAGGUAAGAUUCAGUUCUACAAAGAAAUGCAGGACUAGAUAGACUUGACACCAUGAGCUGUGCUCUGUAGCAAAUAAUGCUAACCAUCUUUUCAAUUAGAUCAAGAAAACAAGACCAGUGAAAUGCUAUUUUAAAUAAAUUUUUUAUUAGUAAUGCUUAAACAAGAAACUGCAUUUCAGUACCAUGUAAUAUGAAAACAAGCAGAAGAAAAUUCUAUUGCCUUUCUCGAUUAUAACUGAAGGAGCUGGUAUACCUGAAGCCACAGAGAAACAACAUGCGCGUUGACAGCACAGAAGCGCAAGGUCUUGAAGUUCAAAGGGGAAAGGCUCGUACUUCGUCCCUGUUCAUGUCCAAAAAAUGCAUCUCAUUUGAUUAUUAUUUUUUUUUAAAGGGGAUGGGGGCAGACCAGCUUUAAUAGCCAUACGGCUCAGAUAAUACUCAUUUUAUGUAUUGCAUCUUUGUUUCAAUUCCAAGUUCACAGGUUAUGUAACUACCAAGCUCUUCAAAUAAAAACAUGCUGUUUUAAACUCGGGCCUUGGCCUCUAGUACUGCUGUAAGCUGGGCCGUGAGAAUGUGUCCUCUGUAUAUAGGCACAUCAAAUUAAUUGGAUGAUUUGGAAUCCAAAUUUCUGCUGGAAGUUAUGUCAGUUUGGGACCAUGUCCAUUAACUCUAGAUUUAGCACUCCUUAAAAUUCAACUUAACCCCCACUGCUAUUUGUUGGCAUACAGCACAGUGUGAUGUGACAAGGGCAAUUCCUAGCCUGUCCUGUAAAAGCCAAGGUGUUGCAGGCUCCACGUUACCCACGGGUAUGUCUCUGGUCAGAGAAACCCAAGGAGGGAUCUAAAGCUUAAUGGAAACACUACAACUGCAUGGGAGGCACCAAGAACAUAGCUCGCCUACUAAACUGCUCACCUUUUUGCACAUGCAGUUUUUGUUUUGUUUUGUUUUUAAUCAAAGGGGUUACUAACCAAACACAUCUCUUCCAGCUCUAAUCAUACAUUAGGUAGCCUGGCAUCUCUGGAUAAAGACUGUGUGCUUAAAAACGGUUUUGAUUAGCUACAGAAAGGUUUGUCAGCAUCUUUCCAAAUGGCUUCUUCUAGAACUGUUCUGCAAAAAACUCACUUUAUUCAACUCAACUUUAGCCAUGCAACUCCAAUGGCGUCUUUCAUUAUUUCAGGAUACAGAGUCAAGUCUACUUUAGUUAUUUGAAAGUCAGUUCAGCCAGGCAUUGCUGCUGUAAAACAGAGCAACCAGAGAAAAAAACUGAAAACUACUUUAGUGAAUUGCAGUUAAGUGCAAACACUGACACGUAACUUUUGCUGCGUUAAUUAAUUUGAUUAAUAUUGUUUAGCUCCAUCUCCUGCUUAUGCUCCAUGGCAUUCUUUGAGUGCUGACUAGUGCUGUGAAAGUAAUUCGUAAAUCUUUGCUUAACAAACUGUUUUAAAGUUUCGAGUAUAUGGAAUUCAAUUAACUUUUCAUAGUAGUGCUAGUUGUUUUUAAGUACUGAAUGCUGAUGGGAGCUUGCAGGGCAGAUUAAUAUUAGCACUAACAACUGAGCGUUCAUAAAACACUCUUAUCAGUAGCUCUCCAAAUUCUUUAAACAGUUGUAACCAACCACUUUGUAGUUCCUGUUUUUGCAGGUGGGGAAACUGCAGCACAGAAGGGCUUGCAGCUUACUCAGGGUAAACCAAGUAAGAAGAUCCUGGGACUGGUGCUGGGAUUGUUUUUUUCCAAUGCUAAGCCAGGAGCAAGCAGGUCUGUGGCUCCCUCACUGCCUCGUGGGCUUGCUCUGGGCUGCCAGAGCUUGCAUGCCCUGUGCCAAGGGGCUGUGGUCUUGACUUGAUCAAGGUGCCAGGAGGGCAACAGUAACUGACCGGCACUUCCAUGUCAGGACACAGAGUCUGUACCUUGCUGUAUCACAGCAGACUGACACAUGCCCCUUUCUGGUUGCUUUCCUAUUGAGAAAUUUUGGUAAAUAGUAAUUUGAAGUACCUAAACGAUCUGAAGCACUUCAGUAAAAAUCAGACAAAAACAACAGAACAGAUUUAUUUUUUUAUAGAUCAUCUGGAAUUAAUAAGUGUUCCCAGAUGUACCUUAAGAUGCCUAGAUGCAAAAGACAAAAAAAAUACACCACAGCAGGUCCAAGCUACUAACAUGGGAACACCAUAAAGUUUUAUAGUAAGAUAAACAUAAUCCAGGUAUUGUAGCACCAGAGCGCGCACAGUUUCAGCACCUUUCCCCUAUGCCUGUGUGGUGUCACCAUUUCACAGAUGACCAAGCUCAUAGGAGAGACAUUCCUAAAAGAUGUACAGAACUGCAGGAUGGGAUAAAGCAUGAAGGUAGCAAUCAUGGCAGUCUGAAAUUGGUGCUUUUAAGUUAUUUUUAAAUUAUACAGCAUGCAGCCCAUAACUAACCACAGAAGCUGAUCCUGAAUUUUCCAGGGAGACGAAGGAGGAGCUUGAAAGAGAAAAGGGAACACCACGUGAGUUGGGAUAAAAAGAUUCUCCCUGCUUCUAGUUUAAAACAAACAAAAAAAUUCUCCAAAACAGCGCUUCUGCCGCAAAGAUCAGGGAUGGAGAUUUUUUUUUUCAAAGUCUGUAAUACAUGCAGGAAAAGUGUGCCUCAGCUCCUGUGUUUGCUAUAACAACACCUUUUUUUAACAGGGGGCUUUGGCUAGAAAUGAUGACUACAUGCUAAUCAUAUCACUGGGGUUACAUAAGCAGUUUUAUUGCUAUUCUAAGAACACUUUGACAUGUUUCCUUCCCUUCAUGCAGCCCAGCCAGUGUUCAAAUGUUAUUCAAUCAUUUUCAUUAACACUUCUUGCCAAAAGAAGCAGCUGACUGAUCUUUACAAAACUAUAGAAGCAUGAAAAAGAAAAGGCGAGAACUUUUACAUUUGCUUACACAUGAGUAAUUAACACAGACAAAGGCUAUAAUGGAAAGGCAUUUUAUUUUUGCCAGUAACGUCCCGCCCUCCCCCCUUGCCCCAAUAUAAAGGAAAUAAUGGGAGGGGGGAGAAACACAACAAACCCCAUAAGCAGUAUUAUCACCAUGAACAUUUGAAACUUCAGGUUUUAUACGCGUGAGAGCUGCAGCAAAGACCUGCUCGCUACCUCCAUCACAGCAGCACGGCAGGGCUGGCUUUGAAUUCUCAACAACCAGGCUCAUGUACAAAACAAUACCAAAACUGUUGCUGCCAGCUGUGUAUUUGACUCCUUGGGUCUCUAAUGCUAUACUUAAACAGGUCUGGGGCAUAUUAACACAGCUAGAAAAAUAAAAGAUGUUAAAAAUUCAUGGAUGUGACCUCACUGUACUAGUCCCACAUUUUUUUUUUUUCUUUCCCCCCCCCCCCGCGGUAAUUCACUCUAAAAUGCCUAUGGAGUGCAGACGGUCUGAAGGGGCUGAAAGCUUUAACUCUAAUAAAGAUAAUAGCCAACACACAUAUAAAUAGGACUCAUUUUCUUUUUAAAAUGUCACGGAAAAGUCAAUUCUCAUUGCAUGAUUGAUGGCGACUUCCUAAAUAUUAAUAAAUAUAUUACACAUAUUUACAAGCUUCUGAUUUCUUACUCCGACAUGAAUAUGAUGUUGCGACCAUAAAUAGGACAUGCUGGGCAGCACCGCGAGGUACACAGGCAAAUGCCUGGCGUGGAUUUGGGAUGCUAGCGCAAGCAGCGAGAUGGAACGCUAAAAAUAACCCACUCCGCAGAGAGCCAGGCAGAGAGCGAGCUGAGCUCCUCCAGGCUUUGCAUCAUCACCAAACCCAUUGCUUUUUCCUUUGCUGAAUUAACGCCAGCAUAACACGGAGCAACUGUGGCAGAGAGCAAAGGACGGGAGCAAAAGGGGAGAGGCAGCCCCACUACAGCACCUUUCCCGGACCUUGCCAGCGCUCGUGUCAGCAGUCCGGAGGGUUUUUUUUUUUUUUUUCCCGGGCAAGAAGGGAGGUGAGCGUGAGUGGCUACCUCCUGCCCCACAGCAGCGCUGUGUCAAAACGCCGGAGUAGUUGAUAAGCCACCUUGCCGUGUGGGGUCUGCACGCUGCCCCAUGCAGCUCCAAGCCCACUGCUGCUGGGCGUCCGAGGGCAACGAAGCCCCACAAGGUUCGCACUCUGCCUCCAGGCCUGCCUGGACGCGGGGGGCAGCCGGCCCCAGAGGGACGAGGGCACCGAGACGCUGCUGAGGUGGCGGAGGGAGUGCGGCUCCCACGGAGGGGCUGGCGGAUGGCUCUGGUGUGCAGUGGGGACUGAUUGAUGCCCCUUUGCACGCUCAGGAUUUACUUGGUCCUUCAUUCUGCCUGCUCUGCGAUACCCUAAACCCUUCUCAAAGGAAAAUUAAGCAUGCUAGACACCCUGCACCUUGGUGGCUUGAACUGGAGUGAACUGUAACCUGUGGCCAGGGCGUUUUUCAGGAGAAAAUUGUAAGAACAACAGGGGAGAUUCAAAGUGAGACUUCAUGCACUUCUUUGAGUCUAGUUUUCCUGAUGUGACCACUGUGCAGCAGACACAAGGCCUGGUUUUGCCACAGAAACAAGAGAAAGUGCUGAUGUGGUUGAGAUCAGGCAACCCUCCAGCAACAGCAGACCUCUCAAAUCAGGCCCCUGUGCUACUCACCGCCCGCAAUCCUGCAGCCUUAUCUCACUCAACACACCAGGUGCUUCAACCUGCCAAACACGUUUCCAGAGGUACCCCAAAGAGAGGGCCAAGACACCUUACCUCUCAUGGGACAGCAAAAGAGGGAGAGUUAGCCGUGAGCCCUGCUUUUCCUGUUUGCGUCAGUUCACGCAAAGCUUAAAACGUUAUUUCAACGAGCCCUGUGUAUGCAAAAAUUCUCAUUUUCUAAAAAGGUGUUUAAAGAAAAAUAAGGAUGGGUGAGUCCCUGGGAAGGUUUAAGGAGACUUCUGCAUGUGCUUUUCCAAUUAACACAAAUUUAUGAUAUGAAUGGCUGCUCUGAAGACUGCAAUGUAACCUG